UGUAGGUUUGCAACAAGGGAAAGGAAUGCUUUGCUUCUCUAUAAUGGACGUUUUAAUGAGAAACAUGAUUUUAUUGCUCUUGAGAUAAUUGAAGAACAGAUCCAGCUAACAUUUUCUGCAGGAGAAACCACCACAACAGUUGCACCAUUUGUUCCAGGCGGGGUUAGUGAUGGGCAGUGGCAUGCUGUCCAGGUGCAGUACUACAACAAGCCCAACAUAGGACAACUUGGUAUUCCUCAUGGACCUUCAGGGGAGAAGGUGGCCGUAGUAACGGUGGAUGACUGUGAUACUGCAGUGGCUGUACGCUUUGGAAAUCUAAUUGGAAACUACUCCUGUGCUGCUCAGGGAACACAGACCGGCUCCAAAAAGUCAUUAGAUUUAACUGGCCCUCUGCUUCUUGGAGGAGUUCCCAAUUUGCCUGAAGAUUUUCCUGUGCAUAACAGGCAGUUUGUUGGUUGUAUGAGGAAUCUCUCCAUUGACAGCAAGCCCAUUGAUAUGGCCAGUUACAUCGCCAAUAAUGGCACUCUUGCAGGUUGCUUAGCUCAGAAGAAUUAUUGCACCACAAACUGGUGUCAGAAUGGUGGUACCUGUGUGAACAGAUGGAAUACUUACACUUGUGAUUGCCCCCUGCGAUAUGGGGGGAAAAACUGUGAGCAAGCAAUGCCCUUUCCUCAGCGUUUCACUGGGGAAAGCAUCAUCACCUGGAAUAACCUCGAUAUCACUAUCUCUAUCCCGUGGUACAUUGGCCUCAUGUUCAGAACUCGGAAGGCUAAUGGUGUGUUAAUGCAGGCCAGUGCAGGGGUAUCAUCUAAGAUUAAUAUACAGAUACUGAAUAAAUAUGUGGUAUUUGAAGUUUAUGAUGGGCCGAAUCAGGUGGCCAGUUUGAGGAUGACCCAGGCUCGAAUCAAUGAUGGUGAAUGGCAUCAUUUGCUAAUAGAGUUGAAGAGUGCAAAAGAUGGCAAAGACAUCAAGUACUUGGCAGUUGUGUCCUUGGAUUAUGGCAUGUAUCAGAGUACUGUACAGAUUGGAAAUCAGUUACCUGGACUAAAAAUGAAAAGCAUUAUUGUGGGAGGUGUCUCUGGAGAUCUAGUCUCUGUGCAGCAGGGCUUCUAUGGCUGUCUACAGGGAGUGAGAAUGGGGGAGACGUCUACAAAUGUUGCUACAUUGAACAUGAAACAGGCAGUCAAGAUUAACGUCAGGGAUGGCUGUGAAGUAGACAAUCCUUGUGAUUCUAAUCCUUGUCCCCAUCACAGCUAUUGUAGUGAUGACUGGGACAGCUAUUCAUGUGUCUGUGAUCCAGGGUACUUUGGGACAGACUGUGUUGAUGUUUGUAGCCUGAACCCAUGUGAGCAUGUCUCUACUUGUAUCCGUAAACCAAGCUCUUCUCAUGGAUAUACCUGUGAAUGUGGACAAAGCUAUUAUGGACAGUACUGUGAAAGCAAAAUUGAUCUACCUUGCCCCAGAGGCUGGUGGGGAAAUCCUAUUUGUGGGCCAUGUAAUUGUGAAAUCAGUAAAGGAUUUGAUCCUGACUGCAAUAAGACAGAUGGGACAUGUCGAUGUAAGGUAAACUAUUAUCGACCACAGAACAGUGACUCCUGUUAUCCAUGUGAUUGUUUCCCUUCUGGUUCCCAUACUCGCACUUGUGACAUGGAAACUGGACAGUGUCCCUGUAAAUCAGGAGUGAUUGGACGACAAUGCAAUCGCUGUGAUAAUCCCUUUGCUGAAGUUACCCUACAUGGCUGUGAAGUGGUUUACAAUGGAUGUCCCAAAGCAUUUGAGGCUGGCAUUUGGUGGCCACAAACCAAAUUUGGACAACCUGCUGCUGUUCCCUGUCCUAAGGGAUCAGUGGGAAAUGCUGUUCGGCAUUGUAGCAGUGAGAAAGGCUGGCUUUCCCCUGAACUCUUUAACUGUACUACCCUUGGCUUUGUGACUCUUAAAAUCAUGAAUGAGAAGUUUCUUCAUAAUGAGACAAAAAUGGAUGGUGAUAAGUCAGUCCAGAUAGCGAAAGUGCUUCAAAAUGCCACAAACCACACAAGUUCCUUCUAUGGAAAUGAUGUGCGGACAGCCUACCAGAUGAUGAUCAGGGUGUUGCAGUAUGAGAGCCAGCAACAGGGGUUUGAUUUGGCUGCAACAAGGGAUGUGGAAUUUAAUGAGAACAUCAUAAAAACAGGCAGUGCCUUGCUGGAUCCUCGCACUAAAGACCAUUGGGAACACAUCCAGAGGACAGAAGGGGGUACAGCUCACUUGCUGAAAUACUAUGAAGAUUAUUUUCACAAUCUGGCAAAGCACAUGAAAAGAACCUACAUGAAACCUUUUGUUAUAAUUGCUGCAAACAUAAUAAUUGCUGUUGACAUAUUUGAAAAGUCUAAUUUUACGGGAGCCAGAGUACCACAUUUUAGUGCAAUCAAAGAAGAUUAUCCAAAAGAUUUGGAAUCAUCUGUUUUGUUCCCUGAAACGUUGCUCAAAACAUCUAUCAAAAAAGUGGUUCCUACAAUAAAGCCUUCAAACUAUGGGAUUUUGUCUAAGAUGGAGGAUGAGACUGUAAAGAACAAAAACAUGCAUGCCAGAAGAAAGCGCCGGCACCCGGAGGAUUCCAGCCAGCAUGCUGUUGCCAUGGUGAUUAUAUAUCGAACCUUAGGACACUUUCUACCUGAGAACUAUGAUCCUGACCGAAGGAGUUUAAGGUUACCUAACCGGCCCAUCAUUAAUACUCCAAUAAUCAGUGUAAUCAUUUAUAGAGAUGGAAAGUCUUUGCCCAGUCUGCUGGACAGCCCAAUUAUGAUUGAGCAUGUUAUGCUGGAAACGGAGGAGAGAACAAAGCCUGUUUGUGUGUUCUGGAACCAUUCAAUUGCAACUAGAGAAGCAGGAGGCUGGUCUUCAAAAGGGUGCGAGCUGUUUUCUCGGCACCAGAACCAUAUUACUUGCCAGUGUAACCACCUGACGAGUUUUGCAGUCCUAAUGGAUAUUUCGAAACGUGAAAAUGGCGAAGUACUUCCUCUCAAGAUCAUCACUUAUACAACGGUCUCCAUCUCACUGGUAGCUUUGUUGCUGACCUUUAUACUUCUGGUCUUGAUCCGAACAUUGCGGUCCAACUUGCACAGCAUUCACAAAAACCUGGUAGCUGCUCUGUUCUGCUCAGAGUUAGUCUUCCUGAUAGGAAUCAACCAGACAGAAAAUCCAUUUGUAUGCACCGUAAUAGCCAUUCUUUUGCACUACUUCUACAUGAGCACAUUUGCUUGGAUGUUUGUUGAGCAGCUUCAUAUCUACCGUAUGCUGACUGAAGUGAGAAACAUCAAUUUUGGGCACAUGAGGUUCUAUUACGUUAUGGGUUGGGGGAUUCCUGCCAUUAUAACAGGUCUUGCUGUCGGUUUAGAUCCCCAGGGAUACGGGAACCGAGAUUUCUGCUGGCUCUCUGUUUAUGACACCCUGAUUUGGAGCUUUGCUGGUCCCAUUGUAAUAGUUGUGGCUAUCAACAUUGUAAUCUUCAUCUUAGCAGUGAAAGCAUCAUGCAAACGAAGGCAGCGUUCACUAGAGAAAACUGGUAUCAUCUCUGUACUGAGGACUGCCUUCCUCCUCCUCCUGUUGGUCAGUGCGACUUGGUUACUGGGUCUGAUGGCAGUAAAUAGUGACAUAAUGACCUUUCACUACUUGUUUGCUAUCUUUAGCUGUUUACAGGGCCUCUUCAUCUUUUUUUUCCACUGUAUAUUCAACAAGGAAGUGAGGAAGCAUUUGAAGAAUACAUUCAGUGGAAAGAAGGCUUUUCCAGAUGACUCCACAACAACCAGAGCUACCCUGUUAACUCGGUCUCUGAAUUGCAACGAUACCUAUAUUGAAGAACCAAAUAUGUAUCGAACCACAAUUGGGGAAUCCACAGUCUCCUUAGAAAGCACCGUCAGAGAUGAAGCCCAGAAACUCAGUAUAUCAAGUCAAGCAAGAGCUGGUAAUACUGAAGGAGAUUCCUCCAUCUUCCACAGGAAGCCAUCAAAAUCGAAUGAGCAUGAUUCUGAUUCUGACAGUGAACUGUCCCUUGAUGAACACAGCAGUUCGUAUGCCUCCUCUCACUCGUCAGAUAGUGAGGAAGAUGUGAUAGAUGUGGAGAAGAAAUGGAACACUGGCACUUUGAAAAACAAUGAGAGGGUCCCAAUCCACAGCACUCCCAAAGUUGAUACAGUGCCCAACCAUGUGAAACCCUAUUGGCCAUCUGAAGGCAUUGACGCAAGUGAUGAGGAGGAGCCAAAUGCAAAACAAAAACUGAAGGUGGAAACCAAGGUUAAUGUGGAACUUCAUCAGGAAAAUCAAGUGAAUCACAGCAGUGAAAUACCUCAGGAAAAAGAGGAAGACGGACAGCAAAAGGAGAAUAAACCACUCACUCAUCAGAACCACCAGCCACCAGAACAGAGGAAAGGCAUAUUGAAAAAUAAAAUCACCUACCCUCCUCCAUUAGUGGACAAAAAUAUGAAGAAUCGACUAAGGGAAAAACUGUCAGACUAUAAUCAAACCGCAAUUUCACCUAGAACAACUUCCAUUGGGACUAAUAAUGGUGUUCGCUCCACUUCAGACUCUGGGGUAACAAUAAAAAACCCAAGAAGAGAACAUCCUCCAGAACAGAUAAAUGGUUUAGCCAUGAAUGUCCACAUGGGAACAAUAACGGCUGAGAAUAACUCGGAUUCUGAAGGCAGUAAUGAAACUUCAAUUUGAAUCAUCAGGAAAUUGUGAAGACUCAAAAUUACCUUGGAUAAUUACUCUGCUGUAACAUCACUUCCUUGGCACCACUCAAGUCUGCAUUUGCUUGCCAUGGAGUGAGGAUGCCAAGACUGUCACUUCUGGGAAUCUGCACCUACUUGUGACAAUUCCACAGUUUCCUGUGAGUUGUUCACUAAAGUUAAAGUUAUAAUCCCUUCAAGGACUCGCCUGACUGCAUCAAAUGUGCCAUAUUGAGACCAGCAAAUGGAAUUUGCUACUGCAAAAUAACGCCUUUGAAAAGUGGUCUGAGCCAUAGCAAUGCUGCAAGGGGUGUUGGGCAGGGCACUCCAUCUGAACAAGAGACUUACCUUUGAGGAAUACAUCAUCAAUAAUACGAAAGAUGUAUCACCAAGCCCCCAUCUGAUUUUAUGCUGGGGUUUUGCUCUGUUUCAGCAGGAUUGCAGAACUCAGGAGGAAGAUGUAUCUCGUCAAGUGUCCUUUCAUUUCUUCUCCAGUUUCUAUCCCAGCAUGUGGUGGACACCUUGCCUUAAAAUACCAUUGUUUUAUAUAAAUAUAUAUAAAUAAAUCUAUAUAUAUAUAUAUAUAGCUGUAGAUAAUUUUAUAUAUUUUGUAUGGCAGUUCUUUUGUACAUUUCAUAUAAUUUCUGUUUUUUCUCAAAUUUGAUAGCAGGAGAGCAAUUGUGAAAGAACUUUGAUAUUUUUUAUAUUAAAAAAAUUGCACGGGUUUACUUGAAUUUGGCAUCUGAGCAGAGAGGGAAAGGGAGAGGAAUCUAAACUUGAUUU